AUGCUACUUUUUUAUAUUUUCAUUGUUUUUUUGAACACUCAUUGUUUUGUUGUUGCGCAACUUUUUACACCGUGUAAUGGCAAAUCGGCGCUGAAUGGUGUUUGUGAUGUGAAUUUGGAUUGUGAUAAUAAGGGAUCGAUUUGUUUACGUGGAAAAUGUCGAUGUCAUCCGCAUUAUGUGGAGACGCAGGAUGAAAAAGGACGACUUCCGAAAUGUGCACCGCGUGAGUUGACUUUUUGAGUUUUUGAAAAAUUUUUGACAAAAACUUUUUUUUUGAAAACUAAGAACUGGGAUUAGUUUCGAAAAUCAAAUCGAUUUUUGAGUGCUCCAAAAUUCCAGAAGGUUUUCAACUCUCAAAAAUAUCCCUUCCAGUUCCUGCAAAAAUCGGAGCCAGCUGCUCUUCAAAAUGUCGCGAGCCUCUAUUCUGCCGAAAUGGCGAAUGUCAAUGUGUUCAACGCGGAACAACCCGCGUAUCAAACGGCGAAUGCAUCACAACAUCAAGAGUCGGCGAUCGUUGCUCAAGACAUUAUGAUUGCACUUCGCCAUUCUCAGCCUGUCUCAAUUCCCAAUGUGUCUGUAUUUCUGGAACAAUCCAACAAGGUUCUCGAUGUGUCGCAGCUGCCAAUUGUCCGCUCGGAGGUCUUCCCGGACAAAGUUGUGUUCGUCGAUCUGAUCCAUCGCUGGCUUUCAAUUUGCCACCCGAUCAGGAUAAUUGUCCAGCUGGUCAGAUGUGUAUUACAGCCGCUGAUAGCAGCGUAGGUCAUUGUUGCCCAAUGGUUUGCCCGUUGGCCAGUCAUAUCGACACAAAAUAUUCGUGUGAUCCGAAUGCCACGUCAAAAUGUCCUGCCGAUUCUCAUUUUUGUCAUUUGUUAUCAGGUGAGUAUCUAUUAUCGAAAAUCCCAUCGGUACUACGCGCUCCACCGAAAUAAACACGCAACGCAGACCGCGUCGCGCCACAACACACACAAAUAGGGGAACGAUUCAAAUUCCCUCCCUUUUUUGUGUGUGUGUUGUAGCGCGGCGCGGUCUGCGUUGCGUGUUUAUUUCGGUGGAGCGCGUGGUACCGAUGAGAUUUUCGAUAAUAUAUCAAUUGAGAGCCCCACAAUAAUAAUAAUCCAACUCAUUUUCAGACGGCUCAUUCACCCAAGCAGUUUGCUGCCGUCGACCGUGCAACGCAAUGGCACCCAACGCUCUCUACGCCAACAACCAAUGUAUUCCACGUGGCCAACUCAACUCCGCGUGCACAACAAAUGCUCAAUGCGGCGGUGGCGAAGGUAUGGAGUGUGUGAAAGGACAAUGCCAGUGUAUUCAAAAUUUCCAUCCGGCCGUCGAUGCGCUAACUCAUCCGUUGAAAAAUCCAUCGCAAACUUGUUCGAGAGAUUGUGAGAGUGAAGAUUUGUCGAGGGAUACAAGUUGUAUGAAGGUGAGGGAAUUUUUGAGAAGAUCUAGAUAGUUUCUAAAGCAUCUCUAGGAUAUGUUGAUCAGUUUUUAAAGUUAGGUUAACUAGUACAUUGGCUAGUGAAACAAAAUUCUCAAAAAAAUUGCCACGUCAUGAUCAAAAUCUUCUCAAAAACCUCAGGCUGUUCCCCUCGGCUCUCUCUGCUUCAUCCAAAAACAAUGUCCCACAAAUUCCGGAUGUUACCGUGGCCGAUGCAUGUGUCGAUGUGGAUUUGCCGCAAAAUCCGGAAAAUGUGUAGCUCUUCCAGCACCGUCAACAACAACUUCAGCACCAUCCCGUAAGAUUUCGUUCAAAAUUUUCCAAACAAAAAAUAUUUUAGCUCCAAUAAUCCCUGGUGUCCAAUUACCACCAGGAAACGAUUUGUUCAAACUUUUCGGUCAAUUUUUGGGCGGCGGAAACGGUGCAAACGCUUUCAAUUUAGGCUAA